AUGACUACCAACGGCACAGCCAACGCGCCUCUCCGCAUCGUCGUGGGCAGCGACAACGCCGGACACGCCUACAAGACGGCCUUGAAAGAGACGCUCAAGAAACACAGGGGCGUCACCCACGUCCUGGAUGUCGGUGUGGUGGACGCCGACGAUGGCACUGCGUACCCGCACCUCGCGGUCGACGCUUGCAAGAAGAUCAAGUCUGGAGAGGCGGAUCGCGCCCUCCUCAUCUGCGGCACAGGUCUCGGCGUCGCCAUCUCCGCCAACAAAGUCGAAGGCAUCCGCGCCGUGACCGCCCACGACCCAUACAGCGUCGAGCGCAGCGUGCUGUCGAAUAACGCCCAGGUGCUGUGUUUCGGCCAGCGCGUGAUCGGGCUCGAAUUGGCCAAGAAGCUGGUCGACGAGUGGGUCGAGUUGCGCUUCGACGAGCAGAGCUCGAGUGCCGAGAAGGUCGCUCAUAUUACAAAGUAUGAGGAGAAGUUUGGGGAAUUGUAA